ACCGCAAUCAUGCCCCAAACAGCGCUGCUCAUUGGAGCCAUCAAUCACGCUCGAAAGGAGUGGGAGGGCCUAUCUUCUAUCCUCAGCCUCAAAGAAUUCCCGACCGGAACACGAGAAGAAUUCAUCCAGAAUUGCAAGUCCGGCCAGUACGACGACGUGGUCGUAAUCUACAGGUCGAAUACUUCCAACAAGAUCACGGGUAAUUUCGACGAAGAGAUCCUCUCAGUGUUGCCAAAGUCGCUUCGCUACAUCUGCCACAAUGGUGCAGGAUACGACAAUAUCGAUAUAGCUGGCUGCUCGCAGAGAAACAUCGCGGUUUCUAGCACCCCGGUAGCUGUGAACAACGCGACUGCUGAUGUGGGAAUAUUCCUUAUGCUUGGAGCGCUGCGCCAGGCAUACGUGCCCUUGACGGCGCUGCGGGAGGGAAAAUGGCUUGGUAACACUCCUCUCGGCAAUGACCCCAAGGGCAAGGUUCUCGGGAUUCUGGGCAUGGGAGGAAUCGGACGCGAAAUGGCGACGCGCGCAAAGGCUUUCGGCAUGACAAUUAUCUAUCACAAUCGCUCACGCCUGUCGGCCGACUUGGAGAAUGGAGCAAACUAUGUCUCAUUUGAUGAGCUACUAGCCCAGUCUGAUGUCCUUAGUCUGAAUCUGGCGCUGAACGCAUCAACAAGGCACAUCAUCGGCGCCCCCGAACUCGCUAAACUGAAGGACGGAGUUGUCAUUGUGAACACCGCCCGGGGAGCAAUCAUUGACGAGAAGGCACUAGUGUCAGCGAUCGACUCUGGCAAGGUGCGCUCUGCUGGCCUUGAUGUUUUCGAGAACGAGCCAGCUAUUGAACCUGGUCUUGUGAAUAACCCUCGGGUGUUCUUACUGCCGCAUAUCGGCACCAUGACCUACGAGACCCAAAAGGAGAUGGAGAUCUUGGUUUUGGAUAAUCUGCGCUCUGCCAUAGAGAAGGGGACGCUGAUCACACAGGCCUGCUCGCAAAAAUCCGCACCACCCUCCGGGUUGGUGUCAGCGCAUCGACCGAAGAGAAUCGACAAUCAUCCCCGAGGACCAUCCGACUUCCCCCUCGCCAACUCCUUCACGAUGGUCCGUUACGCCCGCCAGGACAUCCCCAACGCGAAGAGCGCCCGCGCUCGGGGCUCUUACCUCCGCGUCAGCUUCAAGAACACCCGCGAGACUGCUCAGGCCGUCAAGGGCAUGAACCUGCAGAAGGCUCUUGUCUACCUCGACAACGUCAAGAACAAGACCAUGGCCAUCCCCAUGCGCCGCUAUGCUGGCUCCAUCGGUCGCACCGCUCAGGGCAAGCAAUUCGGUGUCAGCAAGGCCCGCUGGCCCGUCAAGUCCGCCGAAUUCAUCACCGACCUCCUCAAGAACGCCGAGGCCAACGCUGAUUCUAAGGGUCUGGACACCUCCAACCUGGUUAUUAAGCACAUCCAAACCAGUCAGGCUCCUGCCUCGAGGCGGAGAACCUACCGGGCGCACGGUAGAAUCAACCCCUACAUGAGCCAGCCCUGCCACAUCGAGCUGAUCCUCACCGAGGCUGCUGAGGAAGUCAAGAAGGCCCCGGUCGAAAAAGAAACUCCACCUCUCCUCCCGCCAGCGCGGCUCCCAGAUCCGCCGUGCCCUUACUGA